AGAGUGAGAACAACUGAUUGAAUUCUGUCGUGCACUCGUUUAUUUCAUUGCUAACCAUUUUUAGGUAGGGCCUCUUAGUUAAUUUAAGCGUGGAGAUAAUAUUGUUAAAGUGCUUUCUAAGCGCUUUUCCGGCUUAUUUAGUCACCCAGUAGCGCGCGUGCCUGUGUGAGUGACGUCAUAGUCCUUGGUAACCUCCGCGGCGGCGUCUCAACGACACAAGACAACAAGAUGGGAUUGCUGUCAAUCCUGCGCAAACUGAAGAGCACACCGGACCAGGAGGUGAGGAUACUGCUGCUGGGGCUGGACAACGGCGGAAAGACCACCCUGCUCAAGCAGCUGGCCUCCGAGGACAUCAGCCACAUCACUCCCACCCAGGGCUUCAACAUCAAAAGCGUACAGUCGCAAGGCUUUAAGCUCAACGUGUGGGACAUCGGCGGCCAGAGGAAGAUCAGGCCCUACUGGAGGAACUACUUUGAAAACACUGACGUGCUCAUUUACGUCAUUGACAGCGCUGACAGGAAGAGAUUUGAGGAGACGGGGCAGGAGCUGGCUGAGCUGCUGGAUGAGGAGAAGCUGAGCGGCGUACCCGUGCUGAUAUUUGCCAACAAGCAGGACCUACUGACGGCAGCGCCGGCAUCCGAGAUCGCCGAGGGACUCAACCUCCACACCAUCCGCGAUCGCAUCUGGCAAAUCCAAUCAUGCUCCGCCCUCACCGGCGAGGGCAUCCAGGAGGGCAUGAACUGGGUGUGCAAGAGCGUCAACUCCAAGAAGAAGUAGCUUGGCUUUUCAGUCAUCUUUUCCUCAAGAGGGGAGGGACGUGCGACGACGCCUCCUGAGCCUUAAAACACUCCGGGGUACACUUGUGAAUGUACACGCACGCACACUACUAAUCCAAAAUGGAGGUUUUGACAUAACUGCUGGCAGGCAGGAGUGAAGUAGAGUGUAUCCCAAACCCACUAUAGAAUGAUUCUGUACAUGUUAUGUAUAAAAAGAAGCGUGCAGAAUUAGGAGUUUUUAAAUCCACUGUAAAUAGCGUGGGACAUCGUCCCCCAUUGCCCCGCCCCCACAGCGUUGGUAUGUUUUAUGCACAUUACUUUGCUUUUUUUGUAGUCCCCUUAGCACUUCUUGCAACACUUUUUCAGGUUAGAUUGCUUUUGAUAUUCCCGAAUGUGAUCUGUGCAGAAGUGAAAUUACUGUAUGUGAAUAAAAGAAGAAAUAA